AGGGAGGUGAUGGCCGAGGUGUCCAACUUGCGGAGGUGCGCGCACCGGGACGUUCUGCCGCUACUCGGCUACUGCGGCGCGCCACGUGCGGCUUGCAUCGUGACGGCGCUCAUGCGAGGCGGCUCGCUCGAUGACCACCUCCUGCUCUCGCCUGACGCGCGGGCGCGGCUGCAGAAGCUCGGCUUCAAAGGCACUCCGGGGCUGUCGUGGUCGCAGCGACUCUCGGCGCUCUGCGACGCCGCGCGGGCGCUGGUGCACCUCCACUCGAACCUCAUUCUCCACCGCGACGUGAAGACGGCCAACAUCCUGCUCGAC